AUGGUGGCAUUGCCGCAAGAGCCCAGUGCUGCAGCGGGGGACAUCGCCAAGGUGCUCAGGGAGCCCCUGGAGCACGAUGUGACGGCCGAAGCCCUGGUGCGCGAGGCGCCGUCACGCCGCUCGCCAGUCACACGUAGGCUGCAGGCCGGGCAAGUGGUCCGCGGCUACCCGGCGGGCGGCUGGCUGCUCUUGGCUGAUGGGGAGGUCACCGGCCAGAGCCCAGGCUGGGCGCGGAUCGGCCUCAGAGGAGGCGGAGUUGCCCUGCAGCUCCUCGCCGCGCGUUGGGCGGGCAUUCGGGUGGAGCGAUCGUUCUUUGAGGCGCUCGAGCUGUCGUGGCCGGGCAUCCCUGGAGACUUCGUGGCCUACAGCGUGCAGUGGCGCCCCCGCGACACAGCGGCUGGCGGCGGCCCCACGCCGCGCGCCAGCAGCCCAGGCGGGCGAGCAGCAGACGCCGGCUCGAGCAGCGGGGGCGAAGGCCUCCUCGGGGCCAGCGGUGGCGUGGGCGGCACGACGGAGUGCACCUCACCCGGCGCGCUGCUGCACGGGCUACCGGCCGGCUCCCCCCUGCGCGUGCGGGUGGUGGCGUCCGUCUCUGGCCCGGAGGUCGACUUUGCGGAGCUGCUGGUCCCUGGGCCCUGGGUGGAGAUGGAGACGAGCGCGCUCUCGGAGGAGCUGCCGGACCGCGACAUGCUCGGUGCUAGGCGCGGUGGCUGUGGUCGCACAGGCUGCGUGGGCUUUGUGGCCGCGGCCUCGUUCUACGAGGCCAGCGCGGAGCAGUGCCGCCGCUGCGGCGCGUCGCACGAGGAGCACCUGGCACUGCAGCAAAGCCCGCAGCCCGACGCCGCCCCGGAGGCAUCCGUGCCUGAGGAUGCGGAUCCGGAGGGGGACAAGGACGAGGUCGGCGGCAGUUCUGUAGCAGAUCAGGACGCGCCACUCGAGCCCAGCGCCCAGGGCGGAGAUCUUCUGGAUUUCGCCAGCGAGGCGCCCAGCGCGGCGGGCGACCUCCCAGAUGCUGGGGCGGGCGUCGCGCGCGCCGUCACGAUCCCAGAGACUGGCGUUGAGUGCCUGCAUGCUGCGGGUGGCCCUAUUGAGUGGUGGGAAGGCUCUGGCGAGGGGGCGGAGGGCAUGGGGGGCGUGCGCGACGCAGCGGCCCUGGAGACCGACGAGGCGUGCCGGCCAGUCGAUGGAGAGUCUGCCGCGUGGUGGGAAGGCUUUGACGAAGAGGCCGUCGGGGAAGUUGCCCCAGAAUUGUUGCCACCACCAAAGGGUUCGCCAGAGAUGCCCGAAGGCUCCGUCGAGGAGUACAUAGCGCUGGAGGGAGACACCGCCGCGUGGUGGGAGGGCUCAGAUGAGGGGGCUGGCGGAGAAGCUGGCCCGGAAUUGUUGCGACAAGAAGGUCAGACAGAUCCGUCAGGUAUGGCUGGUGCCGCGCUCUGCGGCGCAGGCGCUUUCACUGGGCCCCUGGAGGACCUCGAGCAGUGGGCCGAGAAGGAGGGGGAGGAGGAGGACACAUCAGCACACGCCAGACAGGAAGGCCCCUGGGACGAAGCGCAUGGAGCUGGCGACGCUGGCGACUCACCGAAGGCAGUGCAGGUGGAGGGCCUGGAGGUCGAGGCAACCAAGGCACUCGCCAAAAGCCCCACAGAGGGGGCCGCGGACGCCCUGGACGAGGCUACCCCGUGCCGUGGCGGCGGCACCGAGCUGCAGGAGCUCUCACUGGAGCAGGUUGCCUUGCUGCGGCCCCGCGCGCGGCUCGACGGGCCCUGGUUCCUGUUGCCAUCUGUGGGCACUUGGCGGGGCGCCCGCGCCCCUCAGGCGCGGGCUGGAGCCGCUGCGGCCAUGUGGCCGCCUGGCUGGGCGACGGCUGCGGAGGCAGUGGCUGUCCCCAGCGCUGCGAGCGGCGGCGAGACUGCCGCGGCCGCCUCAGUGCUGGAGCCUCCCACUGCUGCGAAGCUGGGCCGGUGCGCCGCAGCCGCGGACAACGCCCAGCGCGUGCUCGGGCACCCGGUGGAGUACGUGGUCGCGAAGGCAGGCGGAGCCGUGGCCCGGGAGGAGCCGCACAAGGCGGCGCGGGAGAGGGCGGUGCUGGAGGCAGGCAGCCUCGUGGCAGGCUUCCCGGGCGGGGGCUGGCUGCGCAUUGCGCGGGCGCAGCCCCCUAGUGUGGCUGGCUGCUGGGUCUUCGUGGGCUCGCAGCUGGCCGCGGUGGCGCUGCAGCCGCGGGUGGCCGCGAGAUUCAGCGAGGCGCUCGAGGUGCAGUGGCCAGGCCUCCGCCACGAUCUGGUGGGCUACAGCGUGGAGUGGAGGCCCGUGGGCCAGCCCCCUGCGGAGGUGGCGCUCCCCAGCAGCCGCGCGAGGGUCAGCCUGAAGCCCCUGGCGAUCGCGUCGGGCAUCCCCGCCGCGCUAGGGCGGGUGCAGGUUCGCGUCGGCGCCAGGGUGUGCGCGCCGCCCGCCGCCAGCGCCGCCGCCUCCGACGUGCAGCUGCUGGGCGCUUGGUCCGAGGAGGAGGCGCUGGCCCAGGGCGCGCCGGGAGGCCUGCCAGGCAGUCCGGAUGGGCCCCACCUGGACCCAUUCAGCACGCCCCGCGGCGCCUGCGCGGCAGCUAGCUGCCCCGGCUACGUGCCGAUACGCCUCGGCGCUGGCUCGCCGCAGCGGGGAGCGCUGCGGGUUGAGGACGCGGCGCGCUGCUGGCGCUGCGGGCACAGCUGCCGCGAGCACGCGCUGGUGGGCGGCGGGAGUGGGCGCGCCGCGGCCAAGGCCGAGCCCAAGGGGGCGGACAGCAAGGAGGCCGCAUCGGCGCGCCCCGAGCCCGGAGGCGCAGGGGAGGAGCAGUCCCGCGCCGUGGUGCCGGCCGCGCCGCUGGGGUUGAGGAGGUACGAGGUCGUGCACAGGGCGGUGCACGUCCGCGACCAGCCGAGCCGGCACGGGAAGAGCGUCGGCGUGGUGAGGGAGGGCCAGCUCAUCGCGGGGGUCCCCUCGAACGGGUGGCUGAGGCUCGACGAGGACUCCAGGGCCGCCGCCCUGCUGCACGGCUCCCGGCAGCCGGCCUGGUGCCUCAUCGACGGCAGCGAGCUCGGCCUGGGUUGCCAGCCUGGAACAUCUCCCUAUCCCAAUGUUUGA